CGGGCUUGGAUUUAUCUGCGUUGAUCACCUGCAAUCAGUCCGUCCUACUGCCCAUUAUUAUUCGCAAAAGCCGGCAAAAACUCCAUCAUGGCGACACAACUGCUUCCAUUAGAGCUCAUCGACAAAUGUGUCGGCUCCCGCAUUUGGGUCAUCAUGAAGGGUGACAAGGAAUUCAGCGGAUUGCUUGUCGGAUUUGAUGACUACGUUAAUAUGGUCCUUGAGGACGUGACAGAGUUCGACUACUCUGGCAACCACACAAAAAUGUCCAAGAUCUUGCUCAACGGAAACAACAUUUGCAUGCUGAUCCCAGGAGGCGAGGGUCCUGUGCAGGCAUGA